AUCAACCCCACGGGGAUUCCCCAUGCCAAUGUUUGCAGACUUGAUCAGAUCUCGAGCUACGUGACCAAGUGCACGAAAGUUACACGACACAGUUUGAGUUUGGCUGCUUUAGCUGAUCAGUGCAUCCAUUAUAUAUAUUGAGACUGCCUGGAUUUUUGCGUUCAAGAAAAGUCGAAAUGGGAUUCGCGGAUUCUGAUGGUUUAUUCAGGCGAUUUGCAAGAAUAUGGUUUGUUAUUGUUUUGUCGCUGGCAAUGGUUAUAUCACCAUAUUUUCUGAAGGGAGUGUUGCAUUCUGGAGAAAACACAUCCACAAGAAGCAUUGAUAUUGUUUUUGGCAACCAUUUCCUGCAAGGGCUUUUGUUUAUGGCAGCUUUUGCUAUGAACUUUGGCAUGACAUUUUGGGUGUCAUUUGUUGCAGGUCUUGUGAUGUACCGAAACCUUCACCUCCAUACUUUUGGACAGAUUCAAAGCAAAUUGUUUCCGAUUUACUUCACUAUUGGAUUAUUAACUGGAGUCAUUAUGCUGGGAGUAACAAUUUUUCAAAUCAGAAGCCUAAACAAACUGACGUAUGACCAAGAGACAUUAAUCGGUGCAGUAGCUGUGAUUGUUAUGGCAAACGUAUUGAAUAAAUUCUGGCUUGGACCAGUUUCAACCAGUAUAAUGAUGAAGAAGCAUAAAAUGGAGAAAGAAGAAAAUGACAAGAACAAGCUUGACCAGAAUCUCAUGUACAGGGAUCUCAAGAAGAAGUUUGGAAAGAUUCAUGGAAUGAGUACUUUACUCAACCUAGCAGCAAUGGUGUCCAAUGUUUACGUGUUGUACUGGUUAGCUAUCUCUGUACAAGAUCUUGCGGAAAUAUCUAUAAAAACUGCUGCCUGACAUUAGCAAUGAAUGAAUAAAGUCGAGACAAAUGGGCUCUAAUUUUAUGCCUACAGAACAUUAAAUGUUCUUUCGCUUCUUUGAAUUCAAUUAGAGAUUUUUUUGCAGUUUUCUCCAGCAUCAGAUGCUACACAUUAUCCCAAUCAUGCAUCGAGCCCAAGACUCAACCUGCAAUCACAUCAAAUUUUUUUUUUUUUAAAUCUUUCGAAUUGAUUUUUCAUAA